AUGGGGAAUACACCGUCGUCAGAGGCGCCUCGGAAGCCUUCCCAGAAGCUGUCUAAACCUCGAGCGGCUAGCCAUGGAGCAAUGCCGAGGCCGCAGAAUCCCACGGGAGCAGCUGCGUCAAGCAGCACCCGUAUUUCAGAAUCGUACCUUGCAGCCUCAAUACCAUUCUCCUCGAGAGAUUCACAAUGUGGCAGUGAUACGACACAAGAGCCUUACGUCGAGAGGCUGUAUGAGCCUACCAGACGGCUUUCUCGGCGCGAAUCUGAUUAUAUGCGGAGCCCCGUUCUACCAGAGUCACCCAUUACAAACACGAGAUCGCACUCUUUGUAUGCAAACUCGACGGCAAGCAGCCAGAUGCGCAGGACGAGCUCCGUAAUGCACAGCAAUGCCGAGCGGCCUCUUACACGGACUCAAAGUUGGCAUGGCAAUCGCUUGUCAAGGGGUACGUCGAUGCAAUCUGAACUGCUACAGUUUUACGCUUCUCAGCAGCUGCCUCGGUCAAGCUCAGAAUUCUUGCAAGAGCUCCAGACAGCCGCCAUGAACAGCCAACUUGGAAUGCGCCAGAACCAGAGCCGGAGACAGAGUCAAAGCCACAGCCAAACCCAAGAGCGGCGAGCUUCUAGUAUUGCAGGCGCUUCACUGGCAAGGACAACCUCGGAUCUAUCAUUCUACGCUCCGGUACGACGACGUUCUGUUAUUCAAACGCCUGGCGUAGCGACGCGGCCAAGGCGAGAGGACAGGCUUUCCAUUCCAGAUAGGAAAAGUUCUCGGAAGAGCCAGCCGGUUUUUGGAGAUGGCCAAUUUUCAUUCAACCCUAGCUCCAAAUCGCCAAGACAUCUUUCCAUGCCUCCCAUGUCCCUGCCUCCCAUGUCUGUGGGAUUUGCGCCACUGGAGCGAGCCGUCACUCCGUGCGAAUCAGACUAUAAGCAACUUGGGGGUAUCAAAUUUGGGUCCUUGAAGAUUAUGAAUGGAUCUCCUCCUUCAAGCCCGCAAGACAAAACUAACCAGCAACACGAAUCAAGCUCCGAGCCGCCGCCUGAGGAUGCGGGCAUUGAACUGAACAUGGCGCGUCGCAAACAUCGUCACACCGUCAUUGGUUCCGGGGUAGAAUCUCGAGCCUUGGCGUCUGUCUCUGGUUUCAACUUGAGCGAAAAGGCUUCACAGCCGUCAAGCCAGAAGGCACAGCCUCCCUUGAUUGACUUGAUGCCCAGUCCGCUGUCAAAAGUCCCUAGCCCUCUCUUAGGAUAUUCCGAUAUGGAAGACAACGAAAGAGUCUCUGGUAAGGGUGUUGGAGUUUGGAGAUCUAACAGUGGCUUCGGUUCUACAACGUCAUCUGAGUCUUCGCAACGCGCGUCCUCCAAGGCAGACAGUGGCUACAGCUCUAAUGCUUCGGAGCGCUCUUUUCCGAGUUCGAAAAGUAUCGAUGACAAUAGCUAUAUUCGCCAAAACCAAAUACGACGGCCAGCCUUGGAGCAGCCGACAAUGACCCCAAUCAUUACUGCGGAUGGAAUUAAGAAACAAGGCAAGCUAUAUAAGCCAUUUGUCCGUUUAGAAAGAGAAAGGGAGAGAACCAGUGUCCCAACAAAUGGCACGACUAAGGAAGCCAUCGAAUCUGUUUCUCCCUUUACGAGGCCGAGAACGAAACGCAAUGAAAAACACCACACCACUGCCUCCUCAUCUCGAUCGCCUUCUCGCAAAACGGAUGGAGGCCGCGCAACCCUCAACACAAUCAUGAGCGUUGACAACUUGGUUCCCCCUGACAGUGCCGCACAUGGCCACGAUAUUCCUGAACCAGAUUCUGGGAUGGAUGGGUCUAAAUCGCUGAAAAAGCGACGCUCGCUGCGACAAGUUGCUGAAGCCGCGACGUCAAGAAUGCCAUCCCUGAGUUUGAGUCGCCGGAAAUCCGCUGCAGGGACGACAACUUCUUCGAUCAAGGCCGAUAUGGAAAAGAGAAAACGGGCGAUUUCACUCGUAAGCUCCGCGGCGGCGAGCAGCAGCAACAGCCCAUACUCUCACUCGGCGUCAGCGGCUGCCCUUUUACACACCCCUGCUUUGCCGGAUCAGCAUGCCAAAGACUCUUCUCUGAAAGAUCGAUCGUCAGCACCAGAACUACGAGUUACGAUACCGGAUAGCACCCCCCUCAACAAGGGUGCAGCAAACCGCUCUUCCUAUUCAACCAUUGGGACACCGUCACCGAGGACUCCACGGCCCCGUGGUAUCAUGGAUUCUGGCGUCCCACCACCCAUCCCGCCGCAAUUCAGGGAGCCAGCUUUUGGAACGUCUCCAAGCCGCUCCUCUGGUUGGCCGCUAGCCCAGCCUCACCGUUCCUGGGACGGAAUUCAUGCACAGCGAGGAAAAGCCGAAGAUGCACAAGCCAUCCGGCGCAGCGGACACGGCGUCCUCGAAAGUCCCAUCUCUCCGAGACAUAAUCAGCCUACACGCGGCAAUCCUCCGACUUACAGGGGAGUUCGAAUCUGA